UGUCGCAAGCACGACGAGAAAAAAGUUUCUUCAUUCCAGAAAUGGUCGUUUCCUGUCUCUAUCUUAUCACCGUUUUCCUUUCGUGCAAUAUCAAAUAGACCAAAUCUUUGAACCAAUUAAUGACUACCCACCGUGAAAUAGUUUUCCUUUCAAACUCUAAUAUGCCCCCCCCGUGAUUGCUGUUUCACGUCAGCCAACGGUAGUGUACCACGUGAUCGAGAUUUCAGAGCUAGAUAGACAAAUUUACAAGUGAAUCGAAGGCAGACGAACCCAUUGCACCACGUUUUAGAACAAAAAGAAGUUAUUAGAGUGGUUAAAUUGAUGACUUGUGUCUCAAAUCACUGUUCGUUGGAGUUAUUUUGGGGUAUUGACCACCAUCUGUGUGGCUUGCGAACAAGAACAAGAGCAGCAGCAGCAGCCAGAAUAUGGUGGACUGCAAUCUAUUGUUCGUGUCUGACAGCCCAGGGCUGUGUGUGCACAGAAGCGUGUUGGGCUGUUUUCUUAAUUGGAUUCGACCGACCGAGUAUGUGUGUGUGUGGGUUGAACGAUGGAUAUGUGUUAAUGUUUUUGUGUGUGUCUGUGGCAUCCCAUCAGGGGGAAACCAACCAAGGAUCAAGCCAGGAUUGCUGCUGCUGGUGGAGUUGACGGUGGUGGGCUGUCAGGAUAAAACAUGGAGAGCUCUUCAGGUGCUGGCAGCCGAGCCAUAAUGGCUCCAACAGUGACUGUCAGCGGGAUCGCUCCUACCAAUAGUGGCAGCAGCCCAGGAGCCCAUAACAGCACUACUACUACCACGUUGGUGAUGAAGCCAACGGCUGAGAGCCUCACCAGCAUCACGGCCCAUCGGCGGAAGCGUUUGGUACGCUCGGAAAACGUCUGCUGCAGCCAUCACCAAGGAUGGGAGGCGAUUUUCCGCGAGUCGCUACUCCACAUGGCCUGGCCCAUCUCGAUGAGUCUCGGCUCGGAUCAAACCGAUUCCCUGGCCAUGACCGACUUUCUACCCCUGAAAAUCAGUUCGUCAUCGUCGGAUCUGGUCUCUCGGCGAGGAGCAUUCAGCCGGCGUCAUUACGGAUCAGUGGAACUGCUGCCGCAAACGGAAACGGAGAGCGGAGGAGAUGCGAUGAAGUGCCGCAGAUUUCGACUGGAGAACGGCGAAGGAGUCGGCGAUAGAGAUGAAGUCUACAAUUCACCGACCACGCCCGUCCUGGAGAAUCCGGAAUACCAAACGCGUUGGUAUUUUAAAUACUUUCUCGGCAAAUUGCACCAGAUUUACGUGGGCACAGACAGCGAGAAACAGCCGUUCUUCAUCUCUGUCGUCUUGACGGAUUCCAACAAUCAGGGCGCUCCGCAGUACAAAGCCAUCCUGUGGAAGAAAACGGGAGCCCAGAAAAUUUAUCUUCCGCACACUCCCGGUCGGCCGUUAAAUGUCAAACAGAUUCUCAGCAAUUUCCAAAAUAUGGACAGACUGGAGAAGAGCCCCAAAGAGGUCGUGUCUCCUGAACUUCAAAAGAGUCUACUCUUGUUGGAAGAGCAGGAAGGAUCAGUCAACUUUAAAUUCGGCGUCCUCUACGCCAAAGCCGGCCAAGGAUCCGACGACGAAAUGUUCAGCAAUGAGCGCGGCAGCAAAGAGUUUGAGCGGUUCCUGACGAUCCUGGGCAACAAGAUCCGUCUCAAAGGAUGGGACAAGUAUCGCGGUGGCCUCGACGUCAAAGGGGAUAUGACGGGAGCCUACAGUGUCCACACAAUCUACGAAGGGCACGAGAUCAUGUUUCACGUCUCGACUCUGCUGCCCUACUCCAAGGAUAACAAGCAACAAUUGGAAAGGAAGAGACACAUUGGUAAUGAUAUCGUCAACAUUGUCUUCCUUGACGGAACGCCGGAAGAGAUGGCCGCCUUCUCUCCCAACUGCAUCAAAUCUCAAUUCACACAUAUCUUCGCUUUGGUCACGUAUUUACCCGGAGAGGACGCGUAUCGGUUCCACAUUUAUUCGGAAGAGUCGGUGCCACUUUUCGGUCCGUCGCUUCCGUCUCCUCCCAUCUUCCCCAAAGUGCCCGACUUUCGAGAGUUCCUGCUAGUCAAACUCAUUAAUGGCGAGAAGGCAGCUUUCAACACGCCCAUCUUCUCACAGAAACGUGAACGGACUCUGGACAUGCUCAUUAGAGACAUGUACGCCGAGGUCAUGACGGAACAUCGCGGGAGUCUGCAGAGAAGAGCUUUGAGCGAAGUGCUGCCGGAAGGUGGAAGGAGUUCCCGCCGUAGGGAAGAAGCUCGCCAGGUGGAAUUCGUUCGGGUCGGCCAAGCCCUGAAACUGGACACAAUUGUCAAAGGCGACGCUCCGACGAGUCUGGCUAAUACCGGACUAUUUCGACGCUCGCCUUGGGAGCCGCAGUGCUUUUAUCCGGAUUUCCACUACGAAAUCAUUUGCGGUGACUCGUGGUCCGAUAAUCGCCUCAUCCUGGCCACCGAAUCGGGCGUCUUUGUUGUCGAAGAGGGCGGAACAUGUCGGAUGAUUUUCGACAAGUCGGUCCAGAUCAAACAGCUGACGGUGGUCGAGGCUCACGGCAUCCUUUUGGUGAGGACCGACAGAGGGCGAGACAGCCGGAUGCACGUCUUCCGUUUGUCCAGCUUCGAGUCGGACGCCUGCGGCUCGGAGCCGGCCGCUUUCAGCCGGCAGCACAUGAAGGAACAGCGACUGGAACGAACCAAAGGAACUCAUCUCUACGCCGUUUCCAGACUGGGCGGAUCUCAUCUCCGGAUGGCUGUCGCUGUAGGCAAAAAGAUCCUUUUACUACAAUGGCGUCAUUCGGCUGCCUGGACGGCCUGGUGUCCGACCAGUGACACUGACACGGUCGAAGGCUUCCAGUAUUUAAGAGAAUUCCAGGUGAGCGAAUCUCCGCUGGUUUUGACGUUGAUUGAUUCAGGCAAUUGCUACUCGGCCGGCGGCCAAGGAGAGAAUCAGAUUUGCGUCGGCUAUCGACACCAGUUCGAUUUGAUCAACGAGCGGACCAGCGAGACCAAGAGGUUCUACAACGUCGAAGGCAAAUGGGCCCAUCUGGUGGCGGCUAUCGACGUCUACGAGGACGAAGAACCCGAAUUGCUUCUCUGUUUCAACAAUACGUGCCAUUUUCAAAAGUUGGACGAGACCAACGCUUCGAGCGAACACGAUUUCCACUGGAAUUCCGUGCCGGAAAGUAUAGUCUGCGCGUUCCCGUACAUUUUGGCCUUUACGGCCGACUCGAUUGAAGUGCGGCUGGUCAUCAAUGGCAACCUGAUCCAGGCCAUGGUCAUGCCACGCCUGUCGCUCAUUACCUCCAAGAGUGACGUCUUUUUCGCCACAACGGCCCCCGAAUUCUUCAGUCUGCGAGGUACACGCAUGGAUCACAAGGAUUCGUCUCCGCCUUCGUCGCCUCACUCUUCGCCGGAUGGCAAACCGUUCCGUCUCUAUCGGAUCCAGUUGAACAAUCUCGGGGCUGGAACGGCCGGCAAUUGCGCCGCGACGCCCGUGUCCACCACUCCGAUUCCGGCUAGAAAUCUCAAUCGAAGGUACCUAAUGGACGAUGUGUCGGCGUCGCCACCUCCGGCCAGUCGAGGCGGAAUGUCGCGAAUGGCCCGGCUCAACAGCCGCAAAGAUUUGCGCAUCCGGCUGGAGCAGCAAGGCGGUGGCGGAGGUCCAGGCAGUAAUCCAGGAAGCCCCGGCACCAGUUCCAACAGUUCCCGAGGUGGAGCUGGAAGUGGGACGGGAUUCAGCCGGAGCUGUACGGCGUCCCCGACGCCCGGCACGACGUCGCCCAACGCCCCGUCGUCGCCGCGCUCGUCGUCUUCCGGUUCGCCGAAAACGCGACCGACCCAGGUCAACACUGGACUCGGCAGCCGCAAAUUGAGCCUGAUGGCCGAGGAGCUGGAAGGUAUGCGUCACGUCUUUCUGAGCCCACCGCCCAGCCCCAAACUCUUCUUCAACAUCAAUCCGCAGAAUACGUGGGAAGCUUUCAAAUAGUUUUUCUUAUCGUUCCAGGCUAAGAAACAAAAAUCACUCUCGUUAUUCAAAUCGAGAAGAUAAAUCACCCCUCUUGGAAAAAAAAAAAUUGACUUCGGUUGUUUUGUCGUUGUUUUAUAUACAUAUAUAAAUCAUUUACUAAACUAAUUAUAUCUUAAUUUUAACAAACCAAAAAGGUAAAAAGAAAAAAAAAAUACCAAAUUUGUAAAACAAUAAGAAUUAUAUAAUAUCAAAUCGUCACGGCCCUGUGUACACAAACAUUCCCUGUCCUCCUCCCCCUUGAAUCGUCCCCACAUAGCCUCUAGCCUGUGAACCCUGUACAUCUUUAAAUAAUACUAUUAUAUUAUAUCAAACUCUGAAAGACAAAUGAAAUAUCAUAACUACCAGAUUUUUAUCAACUAUUUACAUUUCUCUUUUCAAAAUCACCUUCUCUCUAAUUCUUUCCUAUCUCCAAUUGAAUGUGAUUCCAACCUCCCAAAUUCCUGUAAUAUCAAUCCAGUCUGUAAUCCUCUCGUAAACAUUCUGUUGUCUAAUCACCACCUUCUCUAGCCCCCGCCCAAUCCAAAAUAACGUCGAAAAAACCAAAAAAACCAAAACAAACAUUAAGUGUGAUUUUUCUAGCCAUAAAAUAUGAACGGGUUUUCAGAUUCCAUCAACUACAAUAAUCUAGUCGUGCGCAAGUCUUACCGAGCUGGACGUGUACGUGCUGGACCAUCCAUCCGUUUUCCAGCGUCGUUGGCCUCUCCUUAACACGAACGAAUAAAACACACACACACACCCAGGGUUUACACAGCUGCAACUUGGGAACAAUUCACAACCCGUUCGGAUUUUGGAGUUUUGGAUUUAUUUUUUUUUCAACUCCCUGACGUGAUCCUAUCCUUCAAGAAAAAAAAAAAAAUAAGAAUAAUAAUAAAUACCGGUGUUUUAAAACCCCACGUACGCUUUCGAUACUGGAUUUCUCUCAAUACAGAAACAAAAUUGCGA